AUGGAAAAUAUCAACAGUAGCAUAGGGGUGGAACUUGAAUGCGUCGUGGGCAUUCAGGUAGGACAAAACCCGAGAACCAAACCUCGGAUGUUUCAAACUGCUAAGGGGAACCCAAUAAGAUUUGACGAUGAAAACUAUGAGUGGCAUCUUGGCACACCUCCACAAGUCAUAGAUGCCAUUAAGCAACGUAUCAAGGAAGCAGUGGCAGGUCAUGAAGGCGAUCGUAUUGUCAACUCCGAAGCCGAACUACUGGGCGAUCAGAAUUCAUGGCACUUGAAAAACUUUGCCGUUAAUUGGGACGUGAAGAGGGAUGCAAGUGUGUAUCUGAAUGAGGAAUACGCCAUAAGGGAUUCCGGUUUCAAUAACUACCAUUUCGUGGAUAUUGAAAUAACUUCACCCGCCCUCCGUGCCACGGAAAAUUCAUACGCUGAAAUUCACCAUGUCAUCACUACGCUUCGUGAUACUUUCUGGUUAGUUACCCCUAGGAGUGCAGGCUUGCAUGUCCACUAUGGUCGAUGCAAAGAUUGGAUCCCCUUAGACCACUUGCGCAGAAUUGCAGCCCUGUUAUAUGCAGCUGAUCCGAUAUUGAUACAGAUACAACCAGCUGUUCGACGACUGGAAGGACAACGAUGGUGUAGGAGCAAUCGUCUUUAUUGUAACUUGGCACACGGGUGGCGUGCUCAGGAUGCCCAGGAAAGUAUUACUCGUAUUUCCCGAAGGCCGAUAGAAGUUGAAUUGCAACCUGAAACAGUACCUGAAUCCAAAGUCCCGGAAGUUGAGAAAACACCACGACCCAGUGUCAAGAGAUCAAGGAAUUUCACAUCCAUCUUUCCGCGGGGCUCUCUAGAAGGAUACGCAUUUUCAAGGAGGGAUUUUGAUGCAAGUUAUCAAGACUAUGUAGUCAACCGACAUUCCGAGAGUCAUGAGGGAACGCCCUUAGGUAUUAUACCAGCUGCUCGAGAGCUACUUUCCUGUGUGAGUGCACCUAUCGUCUCAGAUCUAAUGGGGUAUAAGUGGGUCAACAGACUGGCCUACAAUUUCAAUGCUUACAAUCAUGAGCAUUAUCGCAGAUUUAGGAUGAAUAGGGACCAAACAAUAAAUAUCGACAACCAGCCCAAGCGGACCAUUGAGUUUCGACAACCCGCUGGAACGCUUAAUGUCGAUCUAAUUAUAGCGACUGCAAAGAUUGUUGUCCGUAUCUGCGAAUUCGCAAGUACAGCCACUGCUGAAGAGCUGUGGAAGCUAAUAUGUGACCUAGAUAUGGCAGAGAAGCAUAGGGAGUGGUAUGACGUGUUUGAUUUCCUUGUUGACCUUGACCUAGAUAACGAAGCAAAGGUGAUACAGAGACACAUGGCUGAGCAACGCGGACUGGAAAUCAUAGAUGAAGAAAAUGGGGUGGUAAGAAUUGCAACGUCAAAUUCCGCUCAACCUCAACAGCCUGUUCCCUCUUCGUAUUUAGGGAGGUUCUUUUCCAAGUUGGUACUGAAACCUGAUCAACAGACACCUCCUAAUCAGUCGGAGACCGGGGUAACUCAAGGAGCCCCUGGAGGUAGUCAGAGUCCAGAGAUAUCUGGAUCUACGGACGGAGACGAUCUUCUAUGGCUUGAACUAGGUACCGGACCCAUUUUGCCAAAUUGA